CUUGCAGCAGGGACUCACAUACUUGCAUACAUAGUACAUACACGUACGGUGCGGAGGGGCAUGGCGAGCUUGUCGGCGUUGAAGUUCACUGUGCGCAGGAAGCCGGCGGUGCUCUUGACCCCAGCGGCGCCGACGCCGCGAGAGCUAAAGCCGCUCUCAGACGUCGACGACCAGAAUGGGCUGCGCUUCCUCAUCGCCAACAUCUUUUUCUUCGAGCGACGCCACAGCGGCAGGGACGUCGACGAUCCGGUGCCGGUGAUUCGGGACGCCAUCGCCGCCGCGCUCGUGCACUACUACCCGCUGGCCGGGCGGAUAAGGGAGCUCGAGGGUCAAAAGCUCGCCGUGGACUGCACUGGCGAGGGCGCGCUGUUCGUGGAGGCUGACGCCGACGAUGUGCGCCUCGAGCAGUUCGGCACGCAGCCGCCGUUCCCGGGAGUUGAUGAGCUCCUCUUCGACCUCCCUGGCUCCAACGAGGUCCUCGACGCUCCACUCCUCCAUUUCCAGGUGACACGGCUUGCGUGCGGAGGCUUCGUCCUGGCGUUCAAAAUACACCACUGCGUGGUGGACGGGCAGGGGGUGGUGCAGUUCAUGGAAGCCGUGGCGGAGCUGGCGCGGGGAGCGGCGGCGCCGACGGUGCGGCCCGUGUGGGGACGCGAGCUGCUGAUGGCGCCGUGCAACGACACGGCGCCGCUUAGAUUCGCGCACCGCGAGUACGAUGUUGUGGAGCCGGACCCCGACGAGAGGCCCGCCAUGGUGCACCGCUCUUUCUUCUUCGGGCCGACAGAGGCCGCCGCCGUCCGCUCCCACCUGCCGCCGGCUCUCCGUCGUGUUGCCUCGACCUUCGAUGUCCUCAUGGGGUUCCUGUGGAAGUGCCGCACGGCGGCGCUAGCCCCACGUGACAGGGACGAGAUGCGGCUGCUCUUCACCACCAGCGUCCGCGGCAAGAAGAAACAGGGUGGUGGCGAACCUUUCAUCCCCGUCGGCUACUAUGGCAACUCGUUCGCAACCCCGGCGGCCAUCUCCACCGCCGGUGCCCUGCGGGCUAAGCCGGUGGGUUAUGCCGUGGAUCUGGUGAGGAAGGCGAGGAGGGAGGUGGACGUGGAGUACUUGCAGUCAGUGGCAAGGUUCAUGGUAAGGAGCGGGAGGCCGCAGUUGGCGUUGCUGCACGCGUAUCUGGUGUCGGACGUGUCCAAGGCCGGCUUCGAUGCCAUCGAUGUUGGGUGGGGCAAGCCUGUGUACGGCGGCACGAUGAGGUGCAGUCUCGACACCAGUCCUGUGAUCUGCAGCUUCCUCACCGCCGGCAAGAACACCAUUGGUGAGGAGGGCAUCAUACUGCCAGUGUGCCUGCCUGCCCCAGCCAUGGAUAAGUUCGUGGAGGAGAUGAGCAACCUGCUCAGGCCGUACGACCAUGUCACGGCGCAACCCAACAACAUAUCUCCCGUUAUUAAAGCCGCGCUCUGAAGACUGAACUAAGCCGAUUGACAUCUGCUCAAUUUGCGCGCUCAAUUGCUACUCGCACCACAUGUGUCCGUAAGUUUAUUUCCGUAGCAACUUGUCCGUAAGUCCAGUACCUACCAGUUUCGUGUAAACAUUUCUCACUCGGGCAGUGAUGGAACGACGCAUCAUGUGUAAUUUUUUUCCCAAAAUUUCUCAUCCCAAACUUUGUGGCAGUGACGGCAACAUGUGUUAUUUUUUA